UCUAGUUCAUCUUGACAAUUUAUAGUUGGGGGCCACUUCCCACCAACUCUGAUAAAUAAAUUAAUUGAUGAUUCAUAGAAAAUGAAUUGUUGACCCAUCUUCUCACUCUUAUUACAAGUUACAAACGCCUACUUCCAUAUGCGUCAACCAAGAGGCUUUUUCUUGAGGGUUUUCAGUCAAACUUGCAAUUUUAAUGAAUCUGUAACCUCACUGUUCAAGCUCAUCCAUUUCCUUUAUGGCUCUUCUUCCAUUAUCAUCAUCAUCUUCUUCUUCUUCUUCUUCUAAGAGAUGGAAAUUCGACGUAUUUCUCAGUUUUAAAGGUGAGGAUACCCGCAAAACAUUUACAGACCAUCUAUAUACUGGUUUGAAACAAAAAGGCAUAUCUGUUUUUAAGGAUGAUGAAAAACUCAAUCAGGGAACAUUCAUUGCCCCAGAACUCUUGAAAGUAAUAGAAGAGUCAAGGUUUGCAGUUGUUAUUCUAUCAAGAGACUAUGCUUCUUCAACGUGGUGCUUGAUUGAACUAACAAAGAUCGUUGAGUGCAUGGAAAUGACGGGAUUGGUAGUUCUACCUGUUUUUCACUAUGUAGAUCCUAGUGAUGUGCGGAAUCAUAGGGGGACUUUUGGAAAAGCAUUUUCAAAACAUGAAGAGAGGUUCAAGGAUAACAUAGGAUAUGUACAAACAUGGAAAGCUACUCUGACAAAAGUUGCUAAUCUUGCAGGAUGGGACUUGAAGGAUAAGUAUGAAUUUCUUUGGAAUAAUGCUAUUUAUAAUUAACUUUUAUUUCUUUUUUCUUUUUCAAAAUUUAUUGAUUAUUACUUACUCUUUUUUUAUUUGGCCACAUGAUAAGAGAGUAUUUAACUAUUUAUAGAAUAACCUAGACUAACCCUAUUCUAAUCCUAGUAGGACUAGAUUCUAGACAUACAAGUAUAUAUUGUACACAGACCUUGCAACAAAUUUGGCCCCUAAUAGCUCUAAAAUUGUCCCUAUAAUACAUUUGGUAGUGAAUUUCUAAAUAUAAUUAGGCACUCUUAAUGUGCCUUUACAAAGAUAUGAUUAUGUUUAUGAUGAAUGUUUUGUCUCUAAAUGAUGUGGGUAGCUUUGCAUCAUAAAAAUUAUUGUUUUGCUAUUUUCU